AUGGCGACGGAAAGCAAUGGAGCGUCGGCGAUGACCAUGGAGUUCUAUCGGAAAGCCUUGAAUUUCAACGUUAUUGGACGAUACGAUCCCAAGAUUAAGCAACUGCUGUUCCACACCCCGCAUGCUUCAGUGUAUAAAUGGGAUUUUGAGAAAAAUGAAUGGAAUAAAUUGGACUACCAGGGAGUGCUGGCUAUAUACUUGAGAGAUGUUGCAAGCAAGGACUCCUUUUUGCCUGCCAGCGAUAUUGGCGAACAAAGCGUGUCAUCCUCUGGAGGCCAGCAAAUGGAGACAGCUUCCUACGGUGAAACCCACAGCGGACGCGAUAUUUACAAUUACGGAUUAAUCAUUCUGAAUAGAAUCAAUCCAGAUAACUUUUCCAUGGCUAUUGUCCCAAACAGCGUGGUGAACAAGCGUAAAGUUUUCGAGGCAGAAGAGAAUGCCAAAAAUCCUCUGGAAUGCAUGGGAGUUGAAGUCAAGGAUGAACUGGUGAUAAUAAAAAAUCUAAAGAAGGAAAUAUACGGUAUAUGGAUUCACACGGUCGCGGAUAGGCAGAAUAUUUUUGAGCUGAUAAAAUAUCUCUUGGAAAAUGAACCACAAUCGUCAUUCGCCUGA